GGUUUUGCCGUUUAUACAGCUUGUCAACAGCAAAAGAUAUAUUGUCGAGGUAGAUGUAUGGUGCGUUGCGUACAUGUACCAUAACCUUCCCUGUCUCCCCCUGCUCUGGUUACUCCCCGGGGACCUCUCAGCAGCGCUUCAAUCAUCCUGUGUAGACGCAGCUCGGCAAAUUGAGGAUGGUUGACGCUGCAAGCGGAUUCGAUCGAUCCCUCGCAGGCUCGCCCAUGCCUUCGCCUUGGUGGCUUGCCUGUUUGCCGAAAGACUACCGGCCAACAAGUGACUUGUCCUUACGCGACCAACCCGCCCGAGGUUGUGGUUGUUAUCACCGUUUCUCCAAAUCCUGGGCGGUCUAUUCCGGGCAUAGAUCCCGGUUACUGAUCCCCUCGGAGGUUUGUUUCAUAGAGCGCGAUUUAGUCCUUCCCUGGACCUUUCCUCCAGUGUCUCGGGACCGCUACUUACCAGAGACGCAGGCGGCGGCCGUGAUGAUGAUGACCGGGGGCGACUACUCGACAUCCCGCACACCUCGGAUAUCGACUACUGCUCGGUCUGAUCAUCAGAGCAGCUUCAUGCGCCGCUUGGCGAGAGAUCUCUUGGACAAGGACCGGAGUUGUAGGAGUCCGCACGAGCGUAGUUUCUUGAGGAGUGCGAUCUCUUUGCUCAUUCGAAUGGGCUGAAUUGCUGCUGGUCACAUUCGGAGAUGUCUCAUACUGCGAAUUGACCAACGCGCCAAAAAGGAGGCUGACGGGCCGUAAAAUCACGCGCCAAACUGCAUCGAUGGUGCUUCUCUGUGUUCCACCACCACCAGACUGCAGAAACGCAUGACCUCUUUUAUGGUGCGCCAAAUUCCAACAAUCUUUGGAUAUACGGGCCGUGAUAUUGAUG